UCAGAAUAAUAAUCUUACCUCUGCUUCCUCAGGACACGGUGGCCCAAAGAGUGCUGAUAUAUUGUCCUGCCACAUCUGAUCAAUGAACGAUCCAAGUGAAACCUUGGCAUUACAAUCCCAGUUUCUGCACACUGAAUGGAUAUGAUGCAUUUCGAGGAGCCUGAAAUCCUACCAGCACCUUGUUUGGGUUUGUCUGGCUGCAAGCAACACUGUCUUCCUGUAGGACUGUGUAGGAGACUCUCUUUGUGGGCCUUUGCUUUCAGAUACAUUACCUGAGGAACAGCCGACUCCUGUACGACAUACAGCUAUUGGAAACGCAGGUCUAAGACCAUGUACUUCUUGAUUGAGUUCCUCUGCUCUCCUCUGCCCACCCCGGCGCUGGUGUUCUUUUUUGGACUUGCAGCAGUCGCCCUAAUUUAUCUCAACACCAGGCCGAAGCCUGUGCGACCACCUGUAGAUCUGAACAGGCAGACUAAGGGCAUUGCGGGUGGAGCCAGAAAGACAACCCUUCUGAAAGAUGACAACCUGAUAUCCUAUUUACACGAAGAUGCCAAAACUCUGUAUGAGGUUUUCCAAAGGGGAUUACACGUCUCAGGGAACGGACCAUGCUUAGGGUACAGAAAAGCUGGGAAGCCGUACCAAUGGCUGAAAUACAAACAGGUUUCGGAUAGGGCUGAGUAUCUGGGCUCUGGGCUGCUGCACAGGGGCUUAAAACCUUCACCUGACUCAUUCAUUGGCAUCUUUGCUCAGAAUCGACCAGAGUGGAUUAUCUCUGAGCUGGCUUGUUACACCUAUUCCAUGGUGGCAGUUCCUCUAUAUGACACACUGGGUCCAGAGGCUCUGAUAUUCAUCAUUAACAGAGGAAGCAUAUCUACAGUCAUUUGUGACAAGCAGAACAAAGCCGAGACACUCCUUGAUAGUUGUGAGAAGAAACUCAUACCUGUGCUAAACACAAUCAUCAUCAUGGAUCCAUUUGAUGCUGCCGUAGGAGAUAGAGCCUCCAAAUGUGGAGUGGAAGUCUUGAAUCUAAAAGAUGUGGAGGCUUUGGGGAAAGAUAAUAUUAAGAAACCAGUGCCACCAAAACCAGAGGACUUGAGCAUUGUGUGCUUUACCAGCGGAACAACUGGUGAUCCGAAGGGAGCCAUGUUAACCCAUGAAAACGUGGUUGCAGAUGCUGCCAGUUUUGUCAAAAGCUUUGAGAGUGCUUUUACUCCUCUCCCCACUGACGUGACUAUCUCUUUCCUGCCGCUGGCUCACAUGUUUGAGAGAGUUGUGCAGACAGUGCUGUAUGGUGCAGGUGGAAGGGUAGGCUUCUUUCAGGGGGAUAUCAGACUGCUUCCUGAUGACAUGAAAACCCUAAAACCCACAGUUUUUCCAGUGGUUCCACGUCUUCUCAACCGUGUGUAUGACAGGGUUCAGAGUGGGGCCCAGACUCCAUUCAAGAAGUGGCUUCUGAACUUUGCAAUUGAAAGAAAACACGCGGAGGUGAAGGAGGGCAUCAUCCGAAACGACAGCAUAUGGGACAAGUUCAUCUUCCACAAAGUGCAGGAGUCUCUGGGGGGGCGUGUGCGGGUGAUGGUGACAGGUGCCGCUCCAAUCUCUCCCUCUGUGCUCAGCUUCCUCAGGGCGUGCCUCGGGUGCCAGAUUUUUGAGGCAUAUGGCCAAACUGAGUGCACAGCUGGUUGCACCAUCUCCCUGCCUGGGGACUGGACUGCAGGACAUGUUGGUGUUCCUGUUCCAUGUAAUGUAGUCAAACUAGUAGACGUUGAGGAGAUGAAUUACUUUGCAUCUAAUGAUGAAGGAGAGGUUUGUAUAAAAGGGAAGAACGUGUUCCGUGGCUACCUGAAUGACCCAGAGAGGACAGCAGAAGCGCUGGACCAAGACGGCUGGCUUCAUACUGGUGAUAUCGGCAAAUGGCUCUCGAGUGGGGUUUUGAAGAUUAUUGACAGGAAGAAGAAUAUCUUCAAACUGGCCCAAGGCGAGUACAUUGCUCCUGAGAAGAUUGAAAAUGUCUAUAUUCGGAGUGCUCUAGUAGCACAGGUGUUUGUUCAUGGGGACAGUUUGCAGUCCUCUUUAGUGGCUAUAGUGGUGCCAGACCCUGAAGUGCUGCCUGGUUAUGCUGAGAAGCUUAGCCUCAAAGGUUCAAUGGAGGAACUGUGUAAAAACCAGCAAAUUAAAAAAGCCAUCAUCACCGACCUCACCAAGCUGGGCCGAGAAGCAGGGCUGAAGUCAUUUGAACAAGUAAAGGACUUGUAUCUGCACGCUGAUCAGUUCACUAUAGAGAAUGGUCUUCUCACUCCGACUCUGAAGGCUAAAAGACCAGAACUUUGCAAGUAUUUCAAAACUCAGAUUGACAGCCUCUACGCUAACAUGCAGUGAUGCUUCUAAGAAGACCUCAGGAGUUCCUGUGACCUGUUGAGCCCUAAGGAAGGGGGAACUGUACUCCAUGAACUGUUUAGUUCCUAAGCAGAUUCUACACAUUUCCAUACUUGCUGCUGAAGACAAUGACAGAGUUUUAGUGAAGAACUUGGAGAUAAACAUUAAUGAAGCUGUAUGUGUAUUUAUACUUACUAAGCACUGAAAGUGGAGAUCAAUGACUGUAUAUAAGCAUGGACAGCACGGCAUCUCUUAAAAGUGAAAAACAAAACAAAUCUGCUUGCAGUAUAAUUCAAGAUUGAAGAUUUUUAUUGUCACGUCACAGAGUACAGGUGUACAUGUGAGUGAAAAACUUGGGUGCAGAUGUGUAGCUCUAGGCAUUCCUAUAAUUUCCCCCCUCUAAUCCAUAUUGCCAUCUCCAGAAUCUAAUUCCAACAGUUGAUUUAGCCUGUUCUAAUAUCUCCAGAAAUAUUUUUUUUGUAAUAUUUUGUUACUAUAUCAUAAGAAGGUGGGGUUACACUUUGCAACAAAGUGAUCGACAGCUUUGGUUGAAACAGAUCAUCAUCAUUAUGUGAAAUAGCCUGUUGUAGUCAAGCUGUCAGGCAAUUUGCUAGUUAAUCACAUUAUAUUGAUCAUGUAAUGAUGUGCUGUUGGUUACAUGAACACACAUUCUAUAUACAAAAUUAUUUGUAAUUUUUAACUGCUAAGUCUGGUGCUCUGCCAUUAAACUAGACCACGGAACCUUUGAUUCAUCUUGUUGGCAAAUGUGGCUUCAACUCUGAUACUUGAUAUUUGAUGCAAAUGUAAACUGGUUUAUAUUAAAAUACAUGAACUGCAGUUUUAGUGUUUAAACAGCAAUGAAGGUGGCCUGAGGCAGGUGCGCUCUGGGAGAUGGGGGUGGGUCUACCAAAUGAGUUUGCAUAGCUGGCCCCGCCUCCAGCUCGGAUACUAUUGCACAAACUUUGGUUGGACAUUUGACAACAUGGCAGAUGUUUUAGCUUCUUUUCAAUAGAACAGAAGAGAAUGAAAUCACCACUUCCAUGCUUGUAUACAGUCAUUGGUGGAGACUAUUAAAUUAAUAUUAUUUCACUUGUUUUAUAUGAAAACAUAAACAGACAAACAGAUGGUUAUUGUUCAGAGAAGAUUUGUUUACUUGUUUUUGAAAUCUGUAUUGUGAGGUUGACAUCAGUUUUACAAAAAUAAUCAAAAAUAAAAUUAAAGUAUUUUUCUCUACAAAGAA